UUGAACUUGAGCUUGAGAGGGACAAAGGUCAGUUUCAUAUCUGAUGAAAAAAAUCUCAAGCUGACGUUGCGAUGCGUCCUUAGCAGUUCAGGGGGGAGUGCUUCGUGCACUUAAGAUCUACUUCCGCUUGCAGCCUUGCAACAUACAUCAACAAAUGUAUAAAAGCUAUACCUUAGCAGCGCUAUACUUCCCUUACACAGAAACAUGUCUCGGUCAACACAUCACAACAAACCAAUCUCAGUCUCUUGUGAUGAAUGUGCCGGCCUACUUCAGAAGCUAAGAACAGACAGUCCGCUGGUUCAAUGCCUUACAAACUACGUGUCUAUGGAUAUCAUGGCAAACACUCUUCUUGCAAUAGGAGCAUCACCCGCAAUGGCACACGCUGAAGAGGAAGUAGAAGAGUUUAUUGGUUUGGCCUCAGCAUUGCUGAUCAAUAUUGGAACACUCUCUGUCCCGUGGAUCAGGUCCAUGCACAAGGUUGCAGCCAAGGCACGUGAACUAGGGAAACCAUGGGUGUUGGAUCCAGUAGGCGUGGGUGCCACCAGCUUGCGGACAAAGACUGCGACCGAACUGGCUCUUUCUUAUAAACCCAUAGUGAUUAGAGGCAAUCCUUCUGAGAUUAUGGCUCUGGCCAAAAGUGUUUGCAAAAGACUCGAUGUUCAAUCAUCAGAUGGUGCUCAAAAAGGGGUUGACAGUAGCCAGAGUUCCGACCACGCCCUUGGGUCUGCCAAGGCCCUUGCCCUUGAGUGUCACUGUGUUGUCGUGGUAACUGGAAAAGACGACUUCGUGACUGAUGGCAGCAGGGUGAUCACAGUGUCGAAUGGCCAUCCAGUGCUGACGAAGAUCACCGCAGCAGGGUGUGCAUUGACAGCUGUUAUGGCGGCAUUUGUUUGUUUAGGCGAUUCAACAGACGUCGAUCACGUGAUGAAAAGUUGUGCAUGCGCAUUGAGCGUGUUUGGAAUCGCAGCUGAACUGGCUGUUAAAGAUCCAGCGGUUAAAGGCCCCGGAAGUGCCAGAAUGCACAUGCUUGAUGCGUAUAGCAGCAUCAGUUCUGAAACCUUGUCACAAAUGGCCAAAUUUUCAUAA